AUGAAAUUAGAUUCCGUUGCAAACACAAUGAGAUUUCUAGGAGAUUUUGUUCAUAUUUUAAGUAAAGUUGUAAUAGCAUAUAAAAUGGAAAAAACCAAAUCAUGUUCAGGAUUAAGCUUUAAAACACAGUUUUUAUAUCUACUAGUAUUUAUUUUUAGAUAUUUCGAUAUUUUUGAAGUUAGAUUUUAUGAUUUAUUAAGUGUUUACAAUUUUGUUCUUAAGUUAACUUUUGUAAGUUUUCAAUGCAUUGUUUUUUACUUGAUUAGAAAAAAGUACUAUGCUUCUUAUGACAAAAAAACUGAUGUGUUUAAAAUAAGGACCAUUCUUAUUCCCAUUGCUAUUAUUUCCGCAUUUCUUAAGCCUUCUACAAAAGGCAUAUAUGACUUUUUAUCAGAAUAUUUAUAUGUCUUUUCGCUAAUACUAGAAAGUGUAAGUAUUCUUCCUCAACUUGUCCAAAUUCAAGAAGAAGGUGAAUGUGAAAGUAUGACUUCUAAUUUUAUAUUUUUAUUGGGUGGAUACAGAUUUUUUUACACUCUUAAUUUUAUAAUAAAAAGCCUUGCUGGUAGAAGAAUUGGUACAUUACACGUUACCACUGGUAUUAUACAAGUAAUAUUGUAUAUUGAUUUCUUUGUACUGUACUACAAGAAUGUAUUCUCUAAAAAAUUUAAACAGGAAUCUAAUUAA